AUGCACUGACCCUGACCGCUCCCUCCAUGCGGGGCUCUACAGCGCCAUACUUCUGCUUAUCCUGAAUGCUCGGGCGCGUUCUCGACAUACAAACUUGCCUCCUGUGACAGUAGCAAACUCACUCACAACGACCCGGCGACUUUAAAUCGGCGUACCCAUAGCCGUCACUGUCAGUUUCACGCUUUAUGUGAGCUGAUACAUUCAAUUGUGUACUGCCAACGGCGAACCGCUGCAGCAAGACACGAAACGAAGCAUGGUCUUCUAGACAUUAAGGGCGACGCUCCCACCUCGACUCCAGCCGUCUAAGCUGCUGCAACACAAAAGAUGUCGUCCUCUGCAGCCCCAAGCAUUCCUCAUCGAUCCAUCGCGAACAUUCGUACCGAGACUGGCCCAAGCAUUGGCGGUCCUGCAAGUCCGCAUACGCCUUCACGUACCAUCUCGUCAACAUUUGGUUCCCCCUCUAGUCUACGCGCCGAGGAUGAUAAUAUCGUCAUAGAGCUGGGUUCCCGCUUUAUCAAGCUUGGAUUCGCUGGAGAAUCUUCACCCAAGGCAGUCCUGUCACUUGGACCCGAGCAACUACGCCGUGUUGGCGACUUUCGCACUUGGGACCCUGAACACAAGAAUGACUGGAGACGCCGUCCAACUGGCAAGACUUGGGGAGUUGAACAUGAGCUCUGGCAGUCCGACGUACGAACUGUGGACUUGGGUCUAGUGGAAGACAAGAUAGACCGGGCUAUUCGAGAGGCACUGAACAAGUUCCUGCUCAUCGACUCGCGACCCCGACGUACUUCUCUGGUCCUUUCCUCUUCCACUCCUCUCCCGCUACUUUCCACUGCGCUGGACGUUCUCUUCCACCGUUUCCAGGCACCCACUGUGUCACUCAUGUCAUCAGCGGUUAUGUCCACCGUCGGAGCGGGCACUCGGUCGGCAUUGGUUGUGGAUCUUGGUUGGGUCGAAACAGCUGUGACAAGUGUGUACGAAUAUCGGGAAGUUCGCACAUCAAGAACAGUUCGUGGGGGGAAAAUGCUGGUCAGUGAGACUCAUAACCUCUUGCAGGGCGCUCUCUCGACAACACCAGUACAUGCGCAGAGGACACGUCGCGAAAGAGACCAAGGUCAACAUUCUCUGAGUUUCGAGGAAUGCGAGGAGGUUGCCUGUCGCCUAGUCUGGUGUCGUCAACUUGCCCAGAGUGAAGUUCCUGGUCUCGGAAAGCGGCAGCAGCAGACCCCAGGAGAUGUCCUACCCACGGUUGAGGAACAGGAUGAGUCCGCUCCACCCUCUCCAGUUGGCCGAGACGAGUCAAAAGGAAACAUUGACAUUCUGCUUCAAUCUGUAGAACCGCCCGAAAACCUAACUUUGUCUUUGCAGCAACUGUCCGAGCCGUGUGAGAAUACGUAUUUUGCGCCUAAAUACUCGCGCAGUAGCUUCGAUGACGACGAGCUUCCUGUGCAUCACCUCCUCUACCAACAUCUUGUUCAGCUGCCAAUUGAUACACGGGCGAUUUGCAUGUCCCGCAUCAUCUUUAUCGGCGGUUGCUCCAGGGUCGUCGGUCUAAGACGCAGAAUUUUCGAUGAGCUGUCAAAACUGCUACACGAACGAGGGUGGAAUCCCGUCCAAGGGCGCGCACCGCAACAAUACAAUUCCAACACAAUGCUUAAGAGAACCAUCAGUAGACCAGUAUCUGAUGGUCCGACAGAGGAUAAGCUGGUUGCCAAGAGGACGGAGGAGCGAAAGGUCGCAGAUGACGAAGCGCUUUACGCGGCAGAUGUCAUUGAAGAGUCUCUGAGGAAGCGCGAGAGCCAUCAUGCAAAGGUCCAAGGUGUCUUGCGGUCUUUAGGAUCGCUUGGUCCUUGGGGAGGAGCUAGUCUGGCCUGUCAGCUGAAGGUCGCAGCCAUGGCAAACGUCGACCGUGACACAUGGCUCCAACAGGGAGCUAACGGGGCUUCGCGGCCCAGCGAAGUGGACGUCAAGUCCCAACAGCGUCAGAGUAUGGGGCCUGGUGGUUUGAUGCGAGGAGCUUUGGGGCAAGCUGCUUGGACUUUGGGAGCAUGGGGGGCAUACUAGUACAAGGAACUGAGAAGAUAGUAAGAAAGCGCAACGAGCUUAGUGGACAGCACGGUGACGGCAAUGAUACCCCGGAAGCAUGGCAGUUCAAAUACAGAGAAACGAACUACAACUUAAUCGCCUAUAACACAAG